AUGCGUCGACGCACGCUGCCCACCUUGAAAGGGCGGGGCAUCGAGGCAGCGGCCGAUCCGCGGGAUGUGCUUCCACCAGGCUGGAUUCGUGUGGAGUCCAGGUCCAAACCUGGCUCGUUCUAUUACGCUCACCCUGCCACCAAGAGGACCCAGCUUGAGAGGCCUGUGGAUCCGCGCUACGCCCAGCGGGAGAAGCCGAAGGCAGUUGUAGAACCCCAACCGGCACCAGCGCAAGACCCCGUGACUGUAGAUGAUGAUGCUGAGACGUUGGAGGAAAAACAAAAACGGGAGGAGGAGCGAAAAGCCGAACAAAAGGCCCGGGAGGAGGCUGAGGAGAAGGAGCGGGAGGAGGUGCUGCUGCGGGCCCGGCAAAGACGAGCACAGCAGAUGCUCGAGGAGGAGAAGCGCCGGAAGGAGGAGGAGGAGCAAGAGGAAGAAGAGAGGCAGCGAGCUGCAGAGCGCAGGCGCGAAAAAAAGGCGGAAGCCGAGAGGCUUCGAAAGGAGAUGGAAGAUAAAGAGAAGAUGGAGGCCAAGGACGCUGAGGCUCCCAAGCCCGUGGCACUCGGACGUCGCGAUGCUGCAAAGGUGGAGGCCAAGCGCCGGAAGAAGGCGGCAGACGCAGAUUCCGAUGACGGGGACGAAGAAAUCACUUUGGAGGAGCUGGAGAAGUGGAAGGCCAGCGAAGAGCAGCACGAGCGUGAGGAGGCCGAGGCGAAGCGGCGCAAGAUCGAGGAAGAGGAGCGGAGGAAGGCCGAAGCCGAGCUUGCAGAGAAGAGGAAGAAGGCCGAGUUUGAGGAGGCUGUCGCCCGCGCCCGAAGGAUGAAGUCUGAGUCAAGCUUUCAUAAGCAAGAGGAGCUCAGACGAGGGCCGAAUGCAAACGGUCAGGAGACACCAGAGCCUGCCAAAGCAGAGCCUGCCAAAGCUUCUUCAGCUUCUGCCGAAGCAGAGACUGCGAAAGCAGAGCCUACCAAAAUGGCUGUCCCGCCGCCUCAAGCACUCACUCAAACCCAGCCGCCCCCACCCCCACAGAUCCAGCUCAACGUGCAAUUCCCUUUUCAGUUUCCUGCAAUGCAGGCGCAGGUGCCCCGCCCUCCUUCUCCUCCACCACCGCCCCCACCGACACCCCCAACACUGGCGAACCUCCUCAGUGGUGCUGUGGCAAAGCCAGACUUCGGCAAGCUGCUGAAGCAGCUAAAGCCUCCUGCCGAGGAGGACCCGGCGACGGGCCCCCAGACGGGCACGGUGCUCUGGUACAACGGCCGCAGGAAAAGUGGCAUGGUUUUGACUGACCGGGACAGCCGGCGACUUCGCAUUCCCAGCCAUGCAGCCGUUAUGGGUGGUGUCGCGCCGCCGGUUCCAGCCGGACUGAUGCACGGCACGCGCGUGAAUUUCAUGCUGGACACCAGUGCACCAGGUGAUCCCGUGUGCGUGCAGGUGCGUCCCCUCCCAAACCAAGUAGGGCUCAGCUGUGGUGGUGACAGCCAAGCUGGCCAAAAGCUUGUCAACGAAGAUCGCACCAUCGCAACGGACCUGCAGGAGAGCUUGGGGCACAUGGUCGGGAUCUUCGAUGGCCACAGAGGAACCUACUGCGCAGACUACCUCUCACAGGAGCUGCCGAAGACCAUUGUGCAGCACACGAGGGAGCUGGUCAACCAGGAGGCCAUGCGGCGUGGUGCUGCGCCGGGUGCACCGUGGGAGCCCCUCACGGAGGCCGAGGAGGUGGACCUGAUCCGGAUGGGCAUCAUUGCAGGUCUUGAAGCGACAGACCGCAAUUUUCUCGGCCUUGCGCAACAGUACGGCUUCAAGGACGGAGCAGCUGCCGUCGUUGCGAUCAUCAUGCACGGCUUCCAGUCAAGCAGCAGUUCCGUUCCAGCCGCACCCGGAGGGCAAGCUCGCCUCUUUGCGGCUUGGUCCGGCACAGGGCACAUCCUCCUCCUUCGUGGCCGGCAAGUGCUGCGCUGCACCGAGGACCACUUGGUCAAUCGAGACGACGAGCGGCGGCGCCUUACUGGACUCGGGGCACACUUGGUGCAGGACCUGCGUGGGCUGUGGUGGAUGGGACGUCCCGGAAACCCCGAGCUUGCCUGGGCACGCCAGCAAUGCUACGAUGAUGUGGCCGGCCCAAAGACAUUCAUGGCCGCAUCUCGUGGCUUUGGA